ACUCCGUACUAUAAGCAAAGCUAGCAGCCAACCUGCCAACACUCGCUGACACUCACUCAUCUCAGACCGCGAGAUAGACGAAAUAUACCGCGGGGGGGGUGGGUGAAAAAAACCCCGAAGAGAUCCGAAUCGCCACUCUUUUAAUUUCUUCUCCUCUUUUUCUUUUCUGGGUUUUUCCUUCUGUCCUUACAGUGAUCAUAAAACAAGAAAGCGGACCGGAGGCGUAAAGAAGACGCGGAGUUUUGUGCGCGGAUGAAAACGGACUAAAAAAAAAAGAUUCAUCGUCUCUUGAACAUCAUCAGCCACCAUCAUUCAUUCAUUACCUUGACAACCUCUGGCUUUGAUUGACAGCUGGAGUGGCAAAAAGCCAUGAGACACGACAGUUUAGUUACAUGCACGUUGUUGAUGGGUCGAUUGUAACCUUCAGUUUUUUGGUGCUUCACUUUUUUUUCUUUUUUGGGGGGGGCGAGGAGGAAAAAAAAAACAAGAUUUUUUUUUUGCAAAAGUCUUCCCGAUGCCCGUGCUCGGCGUGAACUGUAUUGGAGAAUAGGAGAAUUCACGAAGGGGAAUCUUACCACUAAAUCACUUUCUUGCCGGACUGGGAUAUUAAAUAUACGACACGUCCAGGAGUUUAUUGGAGCGCAGCCUGAUGGCGCAGAGGUACGAUGAACUGGCCCAUUACGGCGGGAUGGACGGGGUGGGAGUUCCGGCGUCCAUGUACGGGGACCCUCAUGCCCCACGGCCGCUGCCCCAAGUGCACCAUCUGAACCACGGGCCGCCGCUGCACGCGAGCCAGCACUACGGCGCCCACGCGCCCCAUCCCAAUGUAAUGCCCACUAGCAUGGGCUCAGCGGUCAACGACGUCUUAAAGAGGGAUAAAGAUCAAAUUUACGGUCACCCUCUGUUCCCUCUGCUCGCGCUGGUCUUUGAGAAGUGCGAGCUGGCCACGUGCACUCCCCGCGAGCCCGGGGUGGCGGGCGGCGACGUCUGCUCCUCCGACUCCUUCAACGAGGACAUCGCCGUGUUUGCCAAACAGGUCCGCGCAGAAAAACCUUUAUUUUCUUCAAAUCCAGAGCUGGACAAUCUGAUGAUACAGGCCAUACAAGUAUUACGGUUUCACCUUUUGGAGUUAGAGAAGGUGCACGAGCUCUGCGACAAUUUCUGCCAUCGGUACAUCAGUUGUUUGAAAGGAAAAAUGCCUAUAGAUUUAGUCAUAGACGAGCGGGACGGCAGCUCGAAAUCGGACCACGAGGAACUCUCGGGAUCUUCCACCAACUUAGCCGAUCAUAACCCAGCUUCUUGGAGAGACCACGAUGACGCCACCUCCACGCAUUCGGCAGGCACACCAGGGCCAAGCAGCGGAGGACACGCCUCCCAGAGUGGAGACAACAGCAGUGAACAAGGAGACGGCUUAGAAAACAGCGUGGCCUCGCCUGGCACAGGUGAUGACGAUGACCCAGACAAAGACAAAAGGCGGCAGAAAAAACGUGGCAUCUUCCCCAAGGUGGCUACCAAUAUCAUGCGAGCAUGGCUCUUCCAGCACCUCACACACCCGUAUCCUUCAGAAGAACAGAAAAAGCAGCUAGCCCAAGACACAGGCCUCACCAUCUUACAAGUAAACAACUGGUUCAUUAAUGCCAGAAGAAGAAUAGUACAGCCCAUGAUUGACCAGUCAAAUCGAGCAGGUUUUCUUCUUGAUCCUUCAGUGAGCCAGGGAGCAGCGUACAGUCCAGAGGGCCAGCCCAUGGGCAGUUUUGUGCUGGAUGGCCAGCAGCACAUGGGAAUCCGGCCAGCUGGUCUGCAGGGCAUGCCAGGGGAGUUCGUACCUCAGAGUGGUCCUAUGGGCAUGAGCAUGGCAGCGCUACCUUACCCUCCUCCACCUCCUCCUCAGAUGACACACCUGUCCCAGCUGCGGCACGGACCCCCUCUGCACCCCUACCUUCCCGGCCCCACGCCGCCCCACCCCGCCAUGCUGAUGCACGGAGGACCCCCCCACCACCCAGGAAUGACCAUGUCUGCACAGAGCCCCCCUCUUCUGACCCCCAUUGACCACAGCACUGGUGGACAAGGCCUGGACAUCCACGCCCAAUAGUGUAAGGGAACCCAACGACAAGAGCAAGAAAACAAGUCCAACUCCCCCUCCAACUAAAGCGAUUUUGAGACUAUUUUUAAGAAAAGAAGGAAAAAAGAACAAUUUUGACCAGAAUUAGACACAAAAAAUGGAAUUCCAGAUGAGCUGUGAUAAUUUUUUAUCUUGUCAAUUUUGUUACUUUCAUCGACAGAGGACCAAGCUGACAAGAACACUUUGUAAAGUCUUGGGCUUUUGUUAAAGAUCAACAGAAGAUGUUUCAACUGAACACAUGAAAGUGCAAACUCAAAUAAACACGUACACACUCGCACACACACUCACACAACACAAGCAGAAACAUACGCGUGCUCUUGUUUGAACCAUUUUAAAGAAAUCGUUAUGGAAGAUGAAAAAAAAAGACAAAAGAGACUCCAAGAGUUAUAACUACUGUAGUAUAAAAGUAUAGACACUAAGUUAAAACUUGUGCAUUUUUGUUGAUCACUCCAUUUCUGUUUUCCUGAGCUAGUCCUAGAAUAAAAGGUUAACCCCCUCCCACCCCUGCUUUUCACACUGUGUGUGCUGUUCCCUGAGGGAGAGAUGGUCUCGUCGCAGCAAUAAAAAAAAAAAAAACAAAAUAAACAAACAUCUCAGAAAUCUCGGCCCUAACACUAACACUAGAGCGGGCAGCGGACCUGUUCCGGUAAGGACCAGAAGUAGCACUCUGUCAGAGAGGCUGCUGAGUGAAGCCUGCUCUCUCUGUACCAUUCAGUCUCAACCUUUACUUCACACCCCCCCCCUUUUUUUUUUUUUUUUUGCUCAUGAAUGAAUGUUUCCCUGUAGGUAAAGUUCUUAGUUUGAAUUGCCCAAGCACUGGAUUGUGUUGGUUUUAUACAUUUUUAUUUUAUUAUUAUUUUUUUUUCUUUCUUUUUUGUAUCAUGGACUCUCAGAGGAAGAGCCUAUUGAAGGAAGCAAGCAUAUCCAUGGAAAAGCAACAUCCUACAGUAGUUUCCAAGCCUCUGGAUCAACAUACGCACCAUAUGGACAAGACAGACACAAUGGUGGAUUCUUUGGCACUUAGAGAAGCUAUUGAUGGUUGAUGCACCAAAAACCUAAAACUUAAAAAAAAAAAUAAAUAAAAAAAAAGAAGAGGAAAAAAAAGAACUUAAAUUAUGAACUCAAAGCUUGGAGAAAAAGCUAAGAGAAUAUUGUAACAAACUUCGUACAGAGUUCAGUCUAUUAAUUGUUUCAUGUUAGAUAUUCUAUGUGUUUACCUCAAUUGAAAAAGAAUGUUUUUGCUAGUUUCAGAUCUGCUGUGGCAUUGAUAUUGUAUGUCCAUGAAUUCCUUCCUUUUUCAGCACGUGUUCCUCACUAGAUGAUAAAAAAAUGCUGUCUCCCUUAAGCUUUGUCAAAAAUACAUUAAAUACUUGUAUGAGGACUGUGACGUAAUGUUUAAAAGGUGUUCAGUCACAAAAUGCUGUAAUAAAUAUUUCAUUUUUGAUUU